CAUAUCACAUCUCUCCUUUUUCGUCAAAGCAGCUUUUAGUAAAAGUUCUAGUGAGUGAUCGCAACCUAUUACUGAGCCAUGGCAGAGCGACCUGAAGAUCUGAACCUUCCACUUUCAGUCAUCACAAGAAUUAUGAAAGAUGCAAUUCCUGAUGGUAUUAGUGUUUCAAAGGAAGCAAGGAAUGCGGUGUCAAAAGCUGCCAGUGUCUUUGUUCUUUAUGCUACCUCUUGUGCAAACACUCAUGCAUUGAAGGGCAAACGGAAGACGUUGAAUGCAACCGAUGUGUUUGCUGCAUUGGAUGACAUGGAGUUCAGUGAGUUCAUCGAACCUUUGAGGGCAAAUUUAGAGGUUUUCCGAGCUAGUCUGAAGAACAAGAAAGAGGCAUCGGAACAGAGGAAGAAGAACAAAGAAGAUCAGGACACCAGCAAAGACGAUGACGAAGGAGAAGAGGAAGAUGAGGAUGAGGAGGAGGAUGACGAAGAUGACAUGGAGGAUGAGGAUGAUGGCGAUGAUGAUGAGGAUGAUGAUGUCGCUGAGGUAGAAGCAGGGGGAGGUGAAGGAGCAGGAGAAGAACCGGUAACGGUCGAAGAUGAAGAGGCUGAAAGUCCCGAGGUGGAGGAGAUCGUUGAUAAAUGAGUCUUGUGACAAAGACUAUUCUUAAACUUAACUUUGACUAUAUUGAGAACGAGGCUUGCAGACAAACUUUGUUCCAGUUAUGCUGUUAACCCAGACUCAAACCCACUUGCUAAACAUGUGACUCUGCGAAGAGGAAGUACAUGAAUAUCACCAUGCAUAAGUCAACCUCUUGUGAGUUAAAGCUGUUUGUGAGUCAGAUAUUCACAAGUCCCCUUGUUUGAAGGGGAAAGUCCACUCUGUAUGUCAAAUUUGAAUGUUAGAGGGAUAGUUUUCCCUGACAUCAGCUUGUUUGGAAUAAAGCCAGAAAAAUUCAAUAGAUAUAUCAAUGAAAAUGUGACAAAAACCAUGAUAAAAUAUUGUGAAAUUUUACAUUAAUAUAUUAUUGUGACAUAACUUGUUCGCCACUUUUCUUUCCUGUAUAUGACUCCUAUGCAUUCCUAGUUUUUACAGCAACCUUCUUCGACAAAUGAAUUUAAACAGACAUAUUGUUUCAUACAUGCUUCUUGGGAAAAGAAGAAAAAAAUCCUUAGGUGAAAUAUGGACUUCAGGAAUCACAGUAUACAGGGAACUGCUCACAAGUUACAUCAUAGAAUAAAAGUGUCAACAUUUCAUGUCUCUGAUUUUCUUAGAUUUUCUUCGUUGUACUUUCUGCAAGAUUUUUCACUUGGAUUUCAUUUCAAUUAGACCCGCCUUCUUCAAGGUAACCGUCACCUAAAAUCAUUUCUUUAUAAUAUUUAUCACAAAGGGUCAAAAUUUCAUAUCUCUGAUAAGUAUUUGUUGAUGGAUCUUUGCUCCACAUUCAGCAAGAUUUUACUGUUGGAUUUCAAUUAGAUCCACCUUUGUUUAAGGUAACCACCUAAAAUUGUUUCAUUAAAAUAUUCAUAAAAGUGUGAAAAUUAUUCUCUGGUGAAUCACAGUAUGCUCACAAAUGACAUGGAAUAGAAGUGUCAAAAUUUCAAAUCUCAGAUAAGUAUUGGUGGAUCUUUGUUCCACUUUCAGCAAGAUUUUUCAGUUGUUUUUCAAUUCUGGGCCCUGUAACACAUAACUUAGUGAUUGACUGUGGAGUUGAUAUUUACGAUUGAUCAUACACAAUAAUCAUACACAAUAAUCGAUGCAAUCGAUCGCAGAAAUCAGCCAUAUGAUCAAUCGCUAAGCUUCAUGUUACUGGGCCCUGGUGAUCUUCCCCAUUUAUAAGUUAACCAAACUAUUUGCGGGAUCAUCUUAAAUCUUGGUUUACCUAUGCAAUGGAGGGACAUUGAUCUGAUUAGGGCCCUGUCUUACAAGGAGUUGCGAUUGAUCCAAUCAACCUCAACUGAAUGGAAAUCCAUCAAUGUCAUACUUCUUUCCUCAGGAAAUUUCCACAAUGUCCUUUGUACACAAAGAAAAGUGCACUAAAUUUUCAAGAAAAUGACGAAUGUGCAAAAGUACAGCAUAUCUAGAAAAUAUUUUAAUUAAACACACAUUUUAGAUGUUGACAUUGCUGACUUUCCAUAGUUGUGGUAGAUCAGGUCAACUCUAACUUUUUGUAAGAUAGGGUCUAGGUUUGGGGUCAAUGGUCAAAGGGAAUAAAUAUGGCAUGAGGUCAAGGAUCGAGUGCAUUUUCUGAUGAUAUUGAAACCCAUUGAUCUUGCUUAAUUUUCAAGAAAAUGAAUGUAUGAAUAUACAGCAUAUCUGGAAUAUAUUUUGAACAUUCACAUUCUUGAUGAAAUCUUUGUAAGUUGGGCCCAGUCUGGGUUUGGGGUCAUGAGGUCAGUGGUCAUAGGGGAAAAAUAGAGCAUGGGUCAAGGAUUGAGGCAGAGUACAUUUGAUCUAAUUGACAAAGAUUCUUUUUUCUUUCCUAUAAAAUAUUGAAAAUCGUAUCAUCCCUGAUGGAUGUAAAAUAAUAAGACAAAGAAUAGAUUACUGAGAGUUUGACAAAAUAAUCACCUUUUUUGUAAAACAGAGCUUAGAUUCGCCAACUGCUUUAAUCUUAUCCUCUCUUGAAUGUCAGUACUGACAUUUGUCAGGUUAUCUCAAAUCAGUGCAAGAGACUAAUCCUGUGUGUAAUUUUUUAUUCACUUCAUAUGUAAAUUUGGUCUUAUGAGAAUAAUAGCGAUUUUUUCAUUCAUAUUCGAAUGCAAGUAACUAAGUGCAGAGUUGUCUUGGAUAUUUUCUUUUAAUUCAUAAGUUUGAUUAAUUGAGUUUUAUCCAUAUUAGCUGAUAUUCUAAGAUUUUACUCAAACCCAUGAUUAAGAGCCCACUUGAUAAAGAUUUAUUUUUAAACAAUUGUCACUAUGAGUUAUAGCUUAUCAUGGAUAUCUUGAUUUAAUCAGCUGAUGCGCCCUAUGACCAUGCUAGAUACCUGUUACUCAUGUCCAAUUAUUGCAAUGGUAAUCACUGCUUGUAUGUUUGGUUUAAAAUGGGGGGGGGGGGUUAGGCUUGAUUCUUCCUUUUACUAUGACUCCCAAUAUCUAAUAAAAUGGCAUCAAUUUCCUACUCCACAAAUUAUUCAUGUGAUUCCCAUUAUCUUUGAAGAAAAAACAGCGUCAAUUUCCUAUCGUAAAAAUUAUUCUUGUGCAUCAUUUAUAUCAUUGUACAUAAUUUGUUGUAAUUUGAAUUUUGUAAGAUAACGAAAAUGGUGGAAUUAUUGCAUAAAAUCCAUAC